CAUAAGUGCUUCCAGGAAAGGUGGACCAGACCUAUGAAGAGUAUAAAAGCAAGACCCUCUGGACACAAAAGUCAGAAUCAUCUCAAUCUCAGACACGGCGACACUAAAGACUUACUAAGAAUCUUCUUUUGGUCAUCACACCCGCCACUUAAUAUGUUCUGCUUUGGGUUACUUCAGACCCGCGGGCCUAAGACCUCGUGGAUCAGCUUGACUUUUCUUUGCUCAAUCUUCUGCACGUGGACAAACGUAGAAUGCUGGUCCUACUACUACUCUAACAAAACCAUGAAUUGGGAAGAAGCCCGAACCUGGUGCCGGGAGCACUACACGGACAUGGUGGCCAUCCAGAACCAGGACGAGAUCAGUCAUCUCAACAGCUGGCUGCCCAAGGCAUCCUCCUACUACUGGAUCGGAAUACGCAGGAUCAACAAAGUCUGGACUUGGGUGGGAACCAACAAGGCUCUCACCCCAGAAGCAGCAAACUGGGCAAUAGGAGAGCCGAACAACCUCAAAAGUCGAAAGAGGUCCAUGGCGAGCGAGGACUGUGUGGAGAUGUACAUCAAGAGGGAUUCGCAGGCAGGCAAAUGGAAUGACGAGAGGUGUGCAAAGUCGAAGACGGCUCUUUGCUACACAGCCGCUUGCAAGAAGGACUUAUGCGGCCAUGGAGACUGUGUGGAAACCAUCAACAGCUAUGAGUGCGCCUGCUUUGAGGGCUUCUACGGAGAAAAGUGUGAUCAGGUUGUCCAGUGCGACGCAGAGGAGGUGACCGCUCCAGACAAAGCGAGUGUAAAUUGCAUCCACAAGUAUGGAAACUUCUCCUAUGACUCCAUGUGCCACUACUCAUGCGAGGAAGGAUACCAGCUCAGUAUGUCACGGCCCCUGACAUGCACUGCCUCUACGCGGUGGUCCGAGCCGCCUCCUACAUGUGAAUUGGUUCGGUGUCCGGUGCUGUCAAGCCCAGCAGGAGGAUCCAUGAAGUGCUCAGAUCCUCUGGGUCCCUCCGGCUACCGGUCCACCUGUGCGUUCGCCUGCGAUGAAGGCUACGUGCUCGCCGGUUCCACGUCCAACACGCUGCAAUGUGAAGCCUCAGGAAUUUGGAAUGCGUCACAGCCCCUUUGCCUCGCUGUCCAGUGCCCGUCUCUCCUGCAGCCGGACAAUGGAUUUGUCAGCUGUGGGGACGAUGCAGGAAAACACCAAUACGGAAACACCUGCAGCUUCAGCUGUGCCGCCGGCUACCUGCUGGUGGGACCGAGCAAGAUGACAUGCACGUCGGCCGCCGUGUGGAGUGAGAGGAAGCCUCGCUGUGAAGAAAUCGGAUGUCCUGCUCCUCAGAUCCCAACAAGUGGUAAAAUAACUUGCAGCCCUUCCCUGUCCUCCCUUUCUUCUACUGGGACCUCCCAUCCACUUGGCACGGUCUGCACCUUCAGCUGUGAUGAAGGCCACGAGCUGCACGGUGCACUCAGCAUGGAGUGUGCAAAUCCAGGCCGGUGGACCUCGGCACCACCAAACUGCAAAGUGGUCCAGUGUCCAGUGCUGUCAAGCCCAGCAGGAGGAUCCAUAAAGUGCUCAGAUCCUCUGGGUCCCUCCGGCUACCGGUCCACUUGUGCGUUCGCCUGCGAUGAAGGCUACGUGCUCGCCGGUUCCACGUCCAACAAGCUGCAAUGUGAAGCCUCAGGAAUUUGGAAUGCGUCACAGCCCCUUUGCCUCGCAAUCGGAUGUCCUGCUCCUAAGAUCCCAACAAGUGGUCAAAUAACUUGCAGCCCUUCCCUGUCCUCCAUUGCUUCUACUGGGACCUCCCAUCCACUUGGCACGGUCUGCACCUUCAGCUGUGAUGAAGGCCACGAGCUGCACGGUGCAUUUGGCAUGGAGUGUGCAAAUCCAGGCCGAUGGACCUCGGCACCACCAAACUGCAAAGCCGUGAGAUGCCCGUCGCUCGAGGCGCCUGAGAACGGUCACAUCAACUGCUCCAACAGCGAGCCGGUGUUCAACUCACAGUGCACCUUCUCAUGCAAUCAAGAUUACUCACUGGACGGACAUGAGCUGCUGACCUGUGAUCGUCAUGGCGAGUGGACCACCGGACAGAAACCCACCUGCCAAGCUCCCCCAUCUGCGGUGACUGCCGUGGCGUCUGGCGUGGCAGCAGGGGGCGCUAUGUUGUCUGGACUUUCUCUGGCCCUGUGGAUCAUGAAACGACUGAAGCAGAAAGCAAACAAGUUUGAGCUCAGCAGCAACUCUGACAUAGGAGAAUCUCCACAGGUCUACAGAAACAGCAUCACCAGCCUCAUAUAGAACACAGUCACAUGUUUGAGAGACAACGGAGGACAUCUGAAUUCAUCUCAAACCAUAACUGUCAGUCACCAGUCAGAGUAAUUUCAACAACAUGUCAUUGGUAUUAAUGGAAAACAUCUAUGAUGAGUAAAGGGGGUCUUUCAGACUAUUGCAUUUGAUUGUGGUAUUUGUUUGUGUUGAAUUUCAUGAGGUGCGCGGUCAUUUUGUCCACUCAUCUGCAGUAUUUUCCUCCCAGGGGGAGUUUUACAUUGAACACAUUGUUCUAAAGCUUUAUGAAUAUGCUGGAAAGGCGGCUCCAUUGAAGUUAUUGUAGAUAUUAAACGCUAUAGAUGCCAAGAGGAUCGUUGUGGCGCAGGUAGAGAGGGUGCGCUGGGAACCGCAAGGUUGGAGGUCUGAGUCCUGGCUGCCCCCAUGUCCCAUGUUGAAGUGUCCCCGAGCAAGACAUCAAACCCUUAAUUGCUCCCUGGGCAAAAAUGUAAGAAAGCCACGGGUUAAAAAUGUAGUCGCUUUGGAUAAAAGCGUCAACUAAAUGACCUUUAAUGUGAUGCCUCUUUGAGCAGAACUGUGAAUCAUUUCAGUAUUUAUAUACUAUUUAUUUAACCAAUGGUUAUUGCCUUUGAAUGACUCGUUUAUAUUUCUGUAUUCUAAAAAUAGGUCUGAUUUGUAAUCAUAAUAAAACCUGAAACUUUCAA